AUGUGAGCGUUCUGCGCAUGCGCCGCGGAUCCCGUAGGAGCUCCUUCCUGCCAGAUAGUGCUUCCUAACAACAGACAAAGCUUUCCUGCGUGGAUUCCCGGGGAGAGAGUGGAUCGAGGCGCUCCCGGAUCCCCUUCCAUGCAGGGUCCAGAGCGGCGGUCCCACUGCAGAGCGUAGCUGAGCCUGGAGACGUGGCGGCGCGCCCCGCCGCAGAGAUGGACGACCCGCAGGAGCUGCCGGUGAAGAAGGCGAAGCUGGAGGCCGACGGGGAGCAGGAGUCGGAGCUCAGGAGUCUGAGUUCAGACAGGACUCCAGCUGCUGCUCUGGCUUCAUCGGAGGAGGACGGCUCCUUCUCCGCUCUGUCUGCGGCCCGGCUGGACCCAGGUGAGCAGGACCAGCCGAGCGGCGCCAGAGGAGAAUCGGACCGGCCGAUCGGCGACUCCGUCGACUCGUUCUCCCAUCCAGAUGGCGACUCGGCCCAGUCCGACUACAGCCAGCAGGUCUACCAGGAGGCCAGCCCUGCAGUGACGUCCUUCAGCAGCCAGGUGGCGUUCCAGUCCGCUGUCUACUCCUCCUUCCCUCAGAGCGGUCAGACCUACGGCCUCCCGCCCUUCGGUGCGCUGUGGCCAGGUGUGAAGACGGAGACAGGGCUUCCUGAGGCGCCCCCCGGUGGCCAGACGGGGUUCCUCAGCUUCAGCACAGCCUACACCUCCACCCAGCCGGGCCAGCUGCACUACUCCUACCCCAGCCAAGCCUCCAGCUUCACCACGUCCAGCGUUUACUCCAACAUCCCCUCCUCAACCGCUGUCAGCAGCGCCGCCGCCGGACCGCAGGAGUUCAGCAGCUACAGCUCACUGGGACAGAACCAGUUCUCCCAGUACUACCACCUUCCUCCCAACUACACGCCUGCUGCACCACCCAGCGCUGACGAGCACGGCUCCGGUACUGGCACCGGCGCAGUUGGGUAUUCAGCAGUGAAGUCCGAAGAAGCCGCCCCAGCCGGACCGCCCACAGAUGCAUCGCCGCCUGAGAACCCGCCAGCGGGGGGCGCCAGAGAUCAGGACGAGGUCGGCCGCAGGAACUCGGUGGGAAAGUCCAAAGCCAAGGCCAAGAAGUCCGACGGCUCGCCGCCCGCCAGCAGCGACCUGGAGCGCGUCUUCCUGUGGGAUCUGGAUGAGACCAUCAUCAUCUUCCACUCUCUGCUCACCGGAACAUAUGCACAGAAGUUCGGCAAGGACCCGGCGACCAUGCUGAACCUCGGCCUGCAGAUGGAGGAGCUGAUCUUCGAGCUGGCCGACACUCACCUGUUCUUCAACGACCUGGAGGAAUGUGAUCAGGUCCAUAUCGAGGACGUGGCGUCUGAUGAUAACGGCCAGGACCUGAGUAACUACAACUUCAUGGCCGACGGCUUCAACGGUUCGGGCGGCGCCGGCGGAGCGGCGGGGGCCACCACGGGGGUCCAGGGGGGGGUGGAGUGGAUGCGGAAGCUGGCCUUCCGGUACCGGCGCCUAAAAGAGAUUUACAGCAGCUACAAGGGGAACGUGGGGGGCCUCCUGAACCCCAUAAAGAGGGAGCUGCUGCUGCGGCUGCAGUCUGAGAUCGAGAACGUCACAGACUCAUGGAUCACCACCGCUCUCAAGUCCCUGCUGCUCAUCCAGUCCAGAGGGAAGUGCAUGAACGUGUUGGUGACCACGACCCAGCUGGUCCCAGCGCUGGCCAAGGUUCUGCUGUAUGGCCUGGGAGACGUCUUCCCCAUCGAGAACAUCUACAGCGCCACAAAGAUCGGGAAGGAGAGCUGCUUUGAGAGGAUCGUCUCUCGCUUUGGGAAGAAGGUGACCUAUGUGGUGAUCGGAGACGGCCGAGACGAGGAGUUCGCAGCAAAGCAGCACAACAUGCCUUUCUGGAGGAUCUCCACCCACGGCGACCUCGUCUCCCUCCACCAGGCGCUGGAGCUGGACUUCCUGUAGACGUCCUGCGCCUGGCGGCCAUGUUUGGGGGCGGAGUCUGAGUUCGCCUCGCCCUCUAUGGCAGCUAAACUCACCGCCGCUCAGACUGACUCACGCUUCACUUCCCCCGUCUCCAUCUGGACGUCCGCAGAGGACUUCCAGUCCUGGAGACGUCCAUUCGGUUCAUUGUGUUUUAGUCUGGACCCAGAAAGUUCUGGUUCUGGACCGCUGUGCUCUGCGAACCGGUCCUGCAUGCUCCGACCCGAUCCGAACCGAGAUGAUGAACACUCAGGUCGUCUUUAAUCAUAAAGAACCUGAACAACUCCUAAAAUCCCUGUGAAGGUCCGGAUUCCAACGUCCGCUUUCCCUCAGCGCACCAGAACUUUAUCAGAACUUCACCAUGGCAACCAGAACCGGUACCUGAGCUCCAGCUGCUGCAGACUGGACCGAACCAGACAAAUUUGUCCUUCAGAGACCAACAGGAAGCGGAAGCGGAGCAAAUGUUCUGAUUGGACCGUGAGGAACGUGGACCCAGUGUGUUUGCUGACUCAGCGUAUUUAUAUCCUGUGCCUUUAAGCGUCGCUCGUGUAUCUGCAGAUUCUUCGUAUCAAAGUGUUAUUUUUCCAUUCAGACGCUUCUUCAUUUCCUGUUCUGCCUGCACUGAGACCCGGAGGCUCUCCGUCCGGCGCCGACCCGAACACGGCUUGGAUAAAGUCUCUCCGUGUUUCGGUUCAUCUCACCAGACGCUCCAGGAGCGUCGCUCAGUUGCUGCGACAAUCACAGGUCAGGUUACUGCUGGAAAACUGCGGCACGACUCGGCAGGAAAUCACGACAGAACCUCCGGUUCUGGAGAACUUUGAGACAUUUUGGUCAGAACCUGGAGGUUGACAGGAAAUCACCUGAAAUCCAUGGAAACCAGUCGGACCUCAGGCCCUGUUCUGGCCCGUCCUGGUUCUGACCUCAGGUCCGGUUCUGACCCGUCCCGGUUCUGAACUUGAUCCUGGUUCUGACCCAUAUUGGUUCUGAACUUGGUCCCGGUUCUGACCUCAGGCCCAGUUCUGAACUUGGUCCCGGUUCUGACCCAGCUCGGUUCGAGUCGUGCAUCAGUUCUGAAGAAGCAGCGGUUCUGAUUGACCCGCUGGUCCGUUUCCUCCUCAGCGCUUCUUUCUGUUCAUCUCACUUCGGAGCCAAGCAGAACCAGAAUGUGGUUCUGGAAACUCGGACCGCUCCGGUUCUGGAAACGUCCGGACUGUAAAUACAUUUUAAACCUU